AUGGCGGCCGAGCGCCCCGCGGCCUGGUUCGGCUUCGGGUUCUGCGGCUUCGGGCGCGCCGGGCCCGGGCGCGGGCUGCGGGUGCUGCGGCCGGAGGCGCUGCGGGGCCCGGGCGCCGACGCCCUCCGCGUGCGCGCCAGCUGGAGCUACACCGCGCUGCUGACGCGCGCCGGCCGCCUGGAGCUGUCGGGCGCGGCGGGCGGCGGGGCCGGGGGCUGCCGCGACGCGUGGGCCGCGGAGGCGCUGCUCGUGCUGCUGCGCGCGCCGGCGGGCCCCGGGCGCGGGCCGGAGCUGCAGGCCUGGGCGCCCGGGCGCGCGCUGCGCGGGGCGCCCCUGUGGGCGCGGGCGCUGCGCCCCGAGGGCGGCGCGGGCCGGGCCGGGCCGCCCCCGCUGCCGCUGCUGCCCGGCGCGCACCUGAGCCCGCGCCCGCCCUUCUGCCGCGCGCUGGCCCCGGGGCUGCGGGCGCUGCGGCUGGAGCUGGGCGCGGAGCACGCGCUGCUGCUGGGCGCGGGGGGCCGCGUGUUCGCCUGGGGCGCCGGCCGGCUCGGCCAGCUGGGCCACGGGGCGCUGGAGGCCGCGCGCGAGCCCCGGGCCGUGGAGGCGCUGCAGGGGCUGCCCGUGGCGCGCGUGGCGGCGGGCGGCUGGCACUCGGCGUGCGUGAGCGAGGCCGGGGACGUUUACGUCUGGGGCUGGAACGAGUCGGGGCAGCUGGCCCUGCCCGCCCGGAGCCUGGGGCCGCGCGGCGAGGCCCCGGCGGGGGCAGCCCCCGGCCCCGGCGGACGCCCCCCGGGGGAGAGCGCGGCGGGGCCCGGAGCCCCCUUCGUAGCGGUGCAGCCCUUCCCCGCGCUCCUGGACCUGCCCCUGGACGCCGAGGCCGCCGAGGUCAGCUGCGGGUCCCGGCACACGGCGGUGGUGACGCGCGCCGGCGAGCUGUACGCCUGGGGCUGGGGCAAAUACGGCCAGCUGGCUCGGGACACGGCCAGCCGCGACCGGCCCUGCCGCGUGGACUACUUCGCCGACAACCACCUGCGGGUGCGCGCCGUGCACUGCGGGCCCUGGAACACCUACGUGUGCGCCGCGGGCGCGCAGAGCUGACGGACCAAACCAACCAAAAAGUGUUUUUGGGGAGAAAGAGAACCAUCACAUUGUGUCUUUAAAUCUACGUCAGAACAGCAGUGAGGUACGGACCCGGGAACUACAGGUCAGGCGUGAACUCUCAGAAGGAGGUGCUCGGCAGAGUUCACCGUCUCCACAGCCUAGAGGUCAAGCGUGAGAAAGCCACGCCCCAGAUGGACUACGCCAGAGCAGGCGUCCACGCUCGUCUCCGGGCCCUGCCACGGAAGGAAGGCUGCCCGGCCGUUCCUGGCUACACACGCGAGUCGGCACCCCCAGGCGGGAGCCGCAGUGCACGUUAGCACCUGCUGGCAGCGCUUAGCGGGCCAUGCUGACUGUAAACUUGAGGCCCACUUGAGUGCAGGCUCCCAAUGAGCAGAUGCCAGACCGCGUGGUUUACCCCUGACUGCCCUCUCAGGACAUGGGCUACACCUGCAGACGCCGAGUUUAAGCGCUUACAUCAGCGCACCAUUGCCAAAGCAGAGGCUCCCUCCGGAGAAGUACUAGUAGCCUUUAAAGUCAGGGAGUGAGAAGGGCCUCCCCAGUGGCCUAGCGGGUUAAGGCUCAGUGCCGCGGUGCUGCUACUGCUACGGCCUGAGUUCGAUACCUGGCCCAGGGAGCCAACCCACGUAAGGUGCAGGGGGCCUCUCCUCUUGCCCACUGCUCCCGAGUGGUGUAAUUCAGUCAUGUUCGCUCUUCCUGUGUGUCGCCCCCUCCCCAUGUCUGUCCACUCCCCCCUCCCUCGUCUGUCUAAUUCCCUCCGCCCACCCCCUCCUCACCCCCAACAUGAGGCCAGGUCUAAUGAAACGUGUUGGGAACAUCCGCUGAAAGAACAGAAAACAAGGGGAGCUCAUCAUAUGUGGAAGCAAGAACUCACAGCUAAGGUGGAGGCGGAGCAGUGUUUGGUUUACAUUAAAUGUUUUCAGCUGAUUAAAAAUACACACAAACUAUGCUUAUAAAGCAGUAAGAAUCUUUUGUUCAUUUUUACCUCGUGAUACACUUUAUUCUCCUUUCUUUAAGUGCCCUCUUUAGCCAGAAUCUCAUGUACUAGCUUCAUUUUUAGUGCUAACAUUUAAUCCAGAUGCAUUCCAUAUACUGGUGCUGAUAAAACGGAAUAUAGCAGCUUCCAAAUGGUGGGAACUAGCAAGGACGUUCCCUUCCUAUCCUCUGUGCAGGGGAUGGCAUUAGCGAGUUCUAGGCAGAACUUUGGAGCUAACCCCUGGUCUGUUUCCACCAGUGUGCAGUCUCUUUAUCUGCCUGGCAGUGAGAGUCAAGCCCUCUUGAAAAGGAAAAAUAAACCCAGCGCUCUGAUAUUCCAUAAUUGCAUUUCUGUACUUUUUGGCUCACAUAAUAAAUGUUGGGAUGUGUGUACACACCUAAUUUUAGAAAUUUCUCUAGUAUCUUUACUUACUGAUCCCUUUAGUAAUGGGAAGAUUUUUGGGGUCUCUCUGGUGGUAAGAGGGGUUAAGCACCACACUAUGAAGCAAUCUGCAGCCUCAUGCAGCACGAGUUCGAUCCUCGGCCGGACAGGGAGAAACCCACAUGGUGCAGCAGACCUCUCCUGUCUCCUCGCUGCUCCCCUCAGCAGUGGAUUUCAGUCAGUCUGCCUGUUCUGCAUCCCAACCUGUCUCUGGUGAGUCCUCUCACCCCCCUGCAUCUCUGGCCUGUACCACGGCUCUUGUAUGCAUAAAUAAAUAAUGGGAAGAUUUUUCUUCCUUGUAAUAAAAAUGACACAUGAGACAGUAUAUACACAUCUUGUGGAUAAUAAAAGCCAGGUUUGCUCCCGUUGAUCUUGGGCACAAAGCUGAUGAACAUUCUCAAGUGCUCUCUUGCCUAAGUUUUCUUUCAUAUUCCUUCCCCCACCCUGUCAACAGAGGGCUGGGUCUUUGAAAAUGUCCAGAAACAACAUUUGUUGAACUUAGUAAAGACAGCCUCAUCUUUAUAGAAAUUCGGGUUAGGUCAGCCAGGAACUGCACGGGGCUCUGAGGGCACCAGCUUGGGCUCUUGCACCUGCCUGCGGUGCUUCCGGGUUAAGCUGCUUGACACUCAAGUGCAUUCGGCCCUCGUCUCUCGACACGAGGACUGGGUAAGCUGUUCCUGGAAGGGCUGGUCAUUGCACCUGAUGACUGGAGCUUCACUACAUCCAGGGACACACUGCUUCAGAGAUCGAGAGAGCUCUAAUUUCCCAGUAGCACGUGCAAAUGCUUAUUUGUACAGUAAAGGCAACAUGGGCUGAAAGCUCGAAAAGCUUCAGAAGUAGACACACUCCUGAACCUGCACACAGCAGGCCACGUGCGGACCACGUUGCUGUACUAACCAUCAUGAUAGGGAGCGAAAGCUUCUCUCUGCUCCUGGCUGUAGAAACACCGGUCCCAGUACUGAGCCAGCUCCACUCGAAUUGCCUCAAUCACUUUCUUCAUGUUUUGCAUCUUCAGUUCUUCCAGCCGACCCACUUCCAAUUGCAGCUGAAAGAAAGAAAGCAGCUGAGAGACCUGCGCUUCUGCGUUCACCUCGGUUUGCAGAAGCUUCCCCCGUUAAAAUAAAAGUGCAGCGGGCUUUAUGCCAGAGAUAAAUUGACCACCUUUGCAACCACAUGAUAACGAGCCACGAAUGUCUGCAAGAGGCAGAAGGCCUGCCCCCCUUGCUGUGUCUAUCUUGGAAACAAGUUUGCUCAAGGCAGAAGCUAGUCAGCACAUUAGACCUGGCACG